GAAAUUUUUGGGACUCAACUUCUCUCUCUUCCGAUUUUCGAAACUAACCAGCUCUCCUUUCCCUGGGUCUCGUUUGGUAGCCGAGAAAGUUCGAGAAAAGAGGAAAUUCUACAUUUGUGAAACAAUUUUCUCUUCUACUGGACUACUCACGUAGAGCGGGAUCCCUAAGGUGGUGUCCGUGAGUGUGAAUUUAAGGCGAUGUCAAAGUUUGAAUACCCGAAGCUAUCGCGCACGGAGAUAGUGAUGAUACUGAGGGAGUCACAGGUUGCAAAAAUCACAGAGAAUGAUCUCAAGAACCCGAGCUCGGAUUUCGUUUCGGAUCUUUAUACCCGGCUUUUGAUCUACCUCGACAUUCUCCAUGAAGAAGAUCAAGGGCAAGUUGAGUUUGCAGCUCUGGAGCAGCUUGAGAACCCAGACUUCCAUGUAGACUCAGUCCGGGUUAUGAAUCUAUGCAACAGGAUAAAAGAGGUGGUGUCCUCAGUUGAUUGCCCAGUGACAUUUACCCUGAAAGAUUUGAUAAGGCCUGAUGCAAACAACACCGACCUUUUCUUGAGUGCAAUUCUCAAUUUCUGUCUUUACAAGGACUCGAAAAUGAAUGACCUGAGGCCAAUUGCAGAGGAAUUGACCCUUCUUGAUGAGCAGCGCAAAGAGUGGGAGGCCAAGAUUUCCCAGCUAAAUGCAGAUAUUUCAAGCUAUUACGAGGCAAGAGAGAGGGAGUUACCAUUUGUUCAGGACAUUGAUGCUAAAGUUAAAGAAUUGCAUCAAACCAUUGCAGGCCUUAACAGUCAUCAGAUGUCACUUAGAGCUUCUUUUAGGAAGUUGAAGGAUAAAACUGGAGAAAUGAGUGAGAAGAUUUCUAAAGCUGAGUUUGAGCUGGUGCAGAGUGUGCAAGAAAAUGCAAAUUUGCAUUCCAAAAUUGUUCAAUCACCAGAUAAGUUGCAGAGGGCUUUAGAGGAGAAAAAAUCAGUACGGGAGGGUGCCAAGAAUUAUGAGAGAUCAGCAAUGCAGUCUUUUCAAGAAAGAAAUGCCAUUCUUGAGGUGUACUUGAAGGCUUUCAAUAAGAUGUCAAAGCACUUUGCCCUGAUGCAGAGCAUACAAGAACAGGUAAACUCUGCUAAAUCCAUUGAAAAAGAUUACAAGGCUUUAAAGGCCAAGUUGAGUGAUGAUGUAGUGUUGGAUAAGUCAUUGGAUGCCAAACUAGUUGAACGACAAGCAAAAGUGGAACAGCUGGAUGAAUUAAGAAUACAAUUGGAAAAAGAAAGGAACCUCAAGUUCAAGGAGGCAAACACAGAACUUAAUAACGUGAAGUUGGAGGUGGAAUCUAGGAGGCAUAAUCUGGAAGCAAGACGAAGGAAUGUUGAAGCUGCAAUAGCAGAGGUGGAUGCCAUUACUGCGAGGACUAAUUUUGUGAAAGAAUCUGGAGAAGCUAAACUGCAUGAGUUAGCUCGCAAAUGUGAAGAGGUUAUGGAACAGUUUCAACAAUACACCAACUCCUUAGGUCUUUUGCUUCCGAUGGUCGAAUUGGAGUCUAAUGUUGGUGAUUGACUGCGUAUAAUUGACAUUCAAUGGUUGAGCUGGAGCCGAAUGUUGUCUGAAGAGCAGGUACAACCUUCAAUGGCAUGAAUUUUGUAGUUGCUUUUAUUGUGGGAAGUUUCUUAGUUCUUACUAAAAUCAAAUUUUGAGCUGCUGAGUGUUAAAAAUCACAACUAAUGUGCUAAAUCCUCAACUUGUUCUGGGAGAGAAUUUGGGGUUUAAAUACCUUUAUUUUCCUUGUUUGUUGUUUUUGGACUUCAUUGGGUCAGCGGAAUUCAACUCGAGCUUGGUUGAUUUCAGUUAACUUUUGAAGCCAUGCUUCUAUGUUCAAUAUUUUCAAGUGUGUUGUACGUGAAA